UGUGACGUCAAGGCACAAGUGCCGCCGACCAUUUUUCUGGGAAUUUUAAGGUUGACAAAAUUGAGGAAACAACAACUGUUGAAUGAUCGGAGAACUCUGAUAAAACAAUUCUAUCAUCUGGGGUUGUCAGAACAUGUUUGCGAUGAGACAUUUCAGCGGAGCAGAAAAUAUUGAUUUAAAAAUGUCAUAAUUUAUCGGAACACACCAACAAAGACAACCGACAUUCUGUUGCACAUUCCAAUAUUUUCGCGGCGGUUUAUUUAUUGUUGGAUAUUCAUAGGCAUAGGCGAAUAGACUUAAUUGCUGAAGAGGCUGACCUAACGGUGCCACUUCCAACUUUUUCCGCAUGAAGGUCCGUUCUUUCCCUUCUUUCGCAAAGCUGCAUCAGACGAGCUGCCUCGCAUGAGCCACCUCGGGGCGAGUGUUCUGCUCUGCCUGCUCGGGGAAUCAGGAUGAGAAAACCCAAAGUUGGACGAAUGUUUCUGGCGACAUGCGUUGGGUCACUUUUUAUGGUCAUAUUGUACUUUCAGAACAUCACAAGGCCAGCUGUGGAGCAGUCUGGGGGGAAGGGCAUCGCCCCAGGGAAGACCAGGAGAAGUCCACUACAGACCCUCUACAACGGAGACCAGUUGGAUUUGUCUGCAGUGCAGACGUCUCUGCGUGGUCGGCGGGAGCUGCUGGAGCAGGCGUGUCUCACCCACACCAAGAAGCGACGGGUGUUGACCCCAGACGACCUCCGCCACCUCAUCGUGGACGAUAAGCAUGGCCUGCUGUACUGCUACGUCCCCAAGGUGGCCUGUACCAACUGGAAACGCGUCUUCAUGGUCCUGACGGGGGACGGACGCUACCACGAGCCCCUAGCCAUCCCUGCCAACGAGGCCCACGUGGCUGGCAACCUGCGCACACUGUCAGAGUACUCUACCUCUGAGAUCAACCGCCGUCUGCGCAGCUACCUGAAAUUCAUCUUUGUGCGGGAGCCCUUCGAGAGGCUAGUGUCGGCCUACCGCAACAAGUUCACCCGCAGCUACAACACGGCCUUCCACAAGCGCUACGGUACCAAGAUAAUCCGCCGGCAUCGGCCCCAACCCCAGCCGGAUGCGCUGGAGCGGGGCAACGAUGUCUCCUUCCAGGAGUUUGUGUACUACCUGGUGGAUCCCCGCACACAGAGAGAGGAGCCCUUCAAUGAGCACUGGGAGCGGAUCCACUCACUGUGCCACCCCUGCCUCGUCCACUACGAUGUGGUGGGGAAGUAUGAGACUCUGGAGCAGGACUCCCGCUCUGUGCUGCGGCUGGCUGGCACUGAUGGGGAGGUCCGCUUCCCUACCUCAGGCAAGAGCACCAGGACCAACGGGGACAUGGCGGCUCAGUUCUUCCAAAACAUCAGCCCCUUUUACCAAAAGAAGCUGUACAACCUUUACCGCAUGGACUUCCUGCUCUUCAAUUACUCCAACCCAGAGUACUUGAAGACUAGAUGAGGGCGACUCUCUCCAUGUCAGCUAGAGAUUUAGUAAUCAAUCUGUUUGGCUCUGUAAUUUGUAAUUCAUCUGGGUGCGUAGAGCUUGUAAUUGAUGUUCCAGAUGUUAUUUAUACAGGCCUUGCCAGUAGGGGGAAUCACUACAUUGUCAGAUGUAAGAAGUUUAUGGGCAUAGGUGGCUGACCUUGGAGUCGCUAUAUUUGCUUUAAUCCUCGUCAUGUGGCCUAGAUAAGAGAGAAGCAGGUUCUUCUUUUACAAUUGAAUGUGUCGAGGGUUGUAAAGAACUUGUUGUGUGUAUCACAGAAUCCCUCGACUAUGCCUUCUUCUUUAUUUAUACAAUUGAGUAUUUAUUGAGUCAUGGACAGAGCGCAUUGGGUGAGGACAUUCUAAUUCAUGCAUUUCUUUCUGCUUGCCCAUACAGCAUGUUUCUUUGGCUCUUGGACAUCUUCUGUAGCCAAAAAUGUUCCUCUGGGGGACAAAGGGUGUCAUAAAACUUACAUAAACCACCAAACAAAAGAAAGCAUAGUCCACAAAUAAAAAGAUCGAAAAAAAAUAUAUAUAAAUAAGCAAUUUACUCUCUAUUGACAGAAGUAUGAGGCUUGCACAGACCCAAUAUGAAUUGAACCAGUUUAAAUGGUAUAUCUUACAUGGUAGCAUCUUUUUUUAAAAAAUAAACAGUGAAGUCCUCAUUCAUACUGUACCAUGUCACAAUUUUCCCACAUUAUAAAAUGAUUGCCACCUGUUCAUUGAUGUUACAUAAGCCACAGUUGAUAGUAAACGUGUUCUGAUAAACAAUGUAUGCUGGUUAUAUAAAGCCUGGCAGGCAGAUUGCCUGCAGAUAGGGAAUUAAUUACAGAAAUGGCACAUGCUUUGCAGAGUCACCUCUUUAUUUAGCUCACGUCAGACUGAGCAAACGGUGCAUAGCUGUGGUUUGGGCCAAGGCAGCCCCUCAUCAGAGCACUCCUUGUUGAACUGUGGAAAGCCACCUAGGGCUAACUACCUACCUACAAGGGCACUGCAUGUUAAAACCGGGUAGGCCAUCUGGUAAAAAGCAAAUAUUAAAUUACAUUUAUAGCAUGCAGUAUUUUUCUUGACUAUGAGAGCAGUAAAUAAAAUGAGUUUUCAUGACUGUUGAUGUUAUGCCACAUUGCAACCUUUUGGAACAAAGUUUGUCCAUAACAACGGUAUACUGUAUAGUGCAUUCGAAAAGUAUUUAGGCCACUUCACUUUUCACACAUUUUGUUACGUUACAGCCUUAUUCUAAAAUUGAUUCAAUUUUUCCUCAACAAUCUACACACAAUACCCCAUAAUGA